AUGCCCCUCGCUACGGAGCACAAAGAAGCCCCCUCGAGCAAGCCGCGAUUGGUCCAUCGCGGAUUCUGGGGCCCCUCAAGGAGAAGAGAGGGAAGGCCCGCGGCUGCGCUAGUCAUCAGUUGUUGUCCGCACGCCGUCUCUGUCGUGUCUCGCCGUUAAAAUACGUCUUCGUUUCUCGUAACGUCAAUUUUUUUUGACGUUUUACGCGCCGCUAAUAAGCGAUAUAAACAAUCAAUCCCCAAUAACAAUUUUCGAUGCUACCUAGCGCAUGCCGCCUUAAACUGUUCCAAAAAUUUAAAUCUUUAUAGUGACUGAUAUAAGUGUUCAGCUUUCCUGGAUAUAGUGACAGAAAUAGUAAAGUAGUUACUCGGACGUGACACUUUCGGGGUGGAAAGCUCGAUGUUUGACCUCUGUAGUGAUGAUGUGCAGUGUAGUGUGGCGGUUGAUGUGUAGGAGCAUGACACAUGGAUAUUUUUUGUUGCUCUUCUUCUUACUGCUCAGUGUAUUGCAGUGCACACAUGGCUCUGGAAUCUUCGAACUUCAGGUCCUGGAAAUGGCCAACCCCAGGGGAGAGUUGUCGACAGGACAAUGCUGCGGUGGGGGUCAACGUUCGCCAAUUGCGAACCGGUGCUCUGCUCCGUGUCAGACUUUUUUCCGGUUGUGUCUGAAAGAGUACCAAAGCAACGUCACGAGCACAGGGUCGUGUUCCUUCGGGAAUACCUCGAGCCAAGUGCUGGGACGGGACACGUUUACUUUAGCCGAUCCAGAAAGAGGGAAACUGGUGCUGCCGUUUACAUUUAGAUGGACGAGGUCUUUUACUCUCAUCCUCCAGGCUGUGGACCACAACAACUUUUCCAUGCAAGCAAUGAACGACAUAAUCGAGGAAGCGACAUACUCCGGAAUCAUCGACCCCAGCCCGGAGUGGCACACGCUAAACCACAGGGGUCCAAAGGCUCACCUGACCUACAGAGUGCGCGUCAAAUGUGAUACUCAUUACUACAACUCAACCUGUACAAAAUUUUGCCGGCCCAGGGACGACAAGUUCGGCCAUUUUGUCUGUGAUGCUAACGGUGAUAAGCAGUGUAUAGAGGGAUGGAAAGGAAAUACUUGUGAUAUAGCUGUAUGUAAGACCAGAUGUCAUCCACAACAUGGAAAAUGUGAUAAUCCUGGGGAAUGCAACUGCCGUCCAGGAUGGAGAGGAGAAUUUUGUGACCAAUGCGAGCCCUACCCGGGAUGUAAACAUGGAUAUUGCAACGGAUCGUCUUGGCAAUGCAUUUGUGACACCAACUGGGGAGGUAUUCUAUGUGACCAAGAUUUAAACUAUUGUGGCACUCACGAACCAUGUCUAAAUGGUGGCACCUGUGAAAAUACCGCUCCAGAUAACUAUUUAUGCACCUGUCCAGAGGGGUUUUCAGGAGUUAACUGUGAGGUGGUUGAUAACCCUUGUGCCCCUGCGCCUUGUCUCCAUGGAGGAACUUGUAUGGAAACAGGAGGUUCUUUUAGUUGUGAAUGCAAUGCUGGGUGGACAGGGGCGAUUUGUGAAAUUGAUAUUGACGAAUGUGCAUCAGCCCCAUGCCAAAACGGUGGCACAUGCGUUGAUCUGGAGAACUCCUUCAGAUGCAAUUGUUCCUCCGCGUGGGAAGGUGAUUUAUGCCAAUUUGAUGCCGACGAGUGUCAAAACGAAAACCCCUGUAUAAACGCUGUGUCUUGCCAAAACUUGAUUGGAAAUUACGACUGUAAGUGCCGGGUAGGUUGGAUGGGUAAAAAUUGCGAUCAGAAUAUCAACGAUUGCGUGGGACAAUGUCAACAUGGAGCUACCUGUAUUGAUUUGGUUAAUGAUUAUCAUUGUGCAUGUAAACCUGGAUUUACAGGAAGGGACUGCCAUACCGACAUAGAUGAGUGCGCGUCGAAUCCUUGCAAAAACGGUGGAGAAUGUGUCGACCAAGUUAAUGGCUACAGGUGCAUAUGUCCAGUAGGGAUCACGGGACAUGAAUGUGAAAACGAUUAUGAUCACUGUAACCCAGACCCGUGCCAAAAUAGAGCUCCGUGCUUCAAGGCUCAAAACGAUUACUACUGCCAUUGUCCAGAGGGAUGGACUGGGAAAAACUGCAGUCAAGCAAAGGUUGUAUGUGAUAAUCCUCCAUGUGAAAGUGGCAUCCAUAAUUGUGUGGUGGUUUCUGUGGGCGGCAGCAGAUCUUCUCCACCCAGUUUAUGUGGGGAGCAUGGACACUGUGUCAAUCAAGCCGGAGUUGGACACAAAUGUCAAUGCCAACCAGGGUAUACUGGAAAGUACUGCCAUGAAAAUAUCAACGACUGCAAAAUCAACCCCUGUGAAAAUGGUGGCACUUGUGUGGACAAAGUCAAUUCUUUUCAAUGUAUCUGCAACGAAGGAUGGGAGGGUGCCUUAUGCAGCAUAAAUACAGAUGAUUGUUCACCAAAUCCCUGUCGAAAUAACGGCACAUGCAUAGACGACGUAGCAGAUUUCGAAUGUCGCUGUAGAAACGGAUGGAAAGGAAAAACGUGCAGCUUAAAAGACAGCCAUUGCGACCAUACUACUUGCAAAAAUGGUGGAACGUGUCAGGAUUUGGGUAGCAGUUUUGUGUGUAGAUGUCCGCCUGGAUGGGAGGGCACUACUUGUCAUAUCGUUAGACAGACCGCUUGUACUUCGAAUCCUUGUUUGAAUGGAGGCACCUGUAUAAACACCGGAGAUUUCUACCAAUGCAUCUGUAGGGAUGGCUUCGAAGGUUCGAACUGUCAAGAUGACGUGAACGACUGUAACUCGCAGCCCUGUUACAACGGAGGCAAAUGCAUUGAUGGCGUCAACUGGUUUUUAUGCGAGUGCGCCAACGGAUUUACGGGGCCCGACUGUAAAAUUAAUGUAAAUGAGUGUGCCUCGAACCCUUGCGGCUAUGGUGGUACUUGUAUCGAUGGAAUUGGAGAGUACCAAUGUAUUUGUCCACCUGGGAGAAGAGGAAGGAACUGUAACAUGGAUGAUAUAGCCUACCUUCCAGCCCCAGGUAGUUGCCUGUGGAACAGUCAUACCCUUGAAAACAACGUGACGUGGCAACACGAGUGCAAUACUUGCAUAUGUAACAGCGGCGUUGUCAAGUGUACGAAAAUGUGGUGCGGGCUGGGCAACUGCCGAAAUUCUAACCAAGCCAGCAGUAUGAUGUGCAACUUAAACCAAGUUUGCGUGCCUUCGCCUGCCGAAUCGUGCUUAUCGCCCCCUUGUUUACCUUAUGGUGAAUGUAGGGAAUUAGAAAGUGGCCGCAGAGUAAAACCACCACUGUUACCCAGUCCAACCAGUUGCUGGCCAAACCAAGCGGUACUGAGUAACACUUGCGCAAGACUCACAUUACUACUGGAUAAAAUAAAGCUUCCUCAGGGUACAUCAGUUGAAGAUCUUUGCAAUGACCUAAGGGCUUUGUUGGCUAAUCAACAAGCAAUUGAAGGUUUGCAAGAUAACUUGGUACUGCUAUGUGAUCUUAAGCCUGAUUACAAUGACACGGUUGAGGUUACCCUGUUUGGUAACAAAUGGGUCCCAGACGGAAUCCGCAUUUUGGGAGAAGCGAUCUCAAGGAAACAAACAGCCCUGUUAGCACUUACAUCCAUCGUAGAAGUAAAAGUGGAGACUGCUCUCGUAUCCGAAGAGCAACAAAGCAAUAAACUGUUGGUGGCUCUGGUCUGUUUUGUUAUUAUUGGACUAGCCACAGCAGUAGUGGCUGUUGUUUUGUAUUUGAGACAGAGAAGAAGAAAUAUCGGGUUGAGUGGUGUGAACUUGUCUCCAUCUUCGGAAACUUGCCAUAGGAACCAUGAGGAUGAAAAGUCUAAUAAUUUGCAAAAUGAAGAGAACCUUAGAAGAUAUGCUAACCCGCUAAAAGAAGACGUGGGUAGCAUGGCAAGCAUCAACUCAGCCAGCGCGUGUGGUCUAGACAUGCCCAGAGUUAGCGUGGUGCGCCCUCUUUCCUCUAUGCUACCAAGCGAAAGCUCCAGCGAAAUGCUCGAGAUGAUCUCCGAGGUUGAAUGCCCGGGAUCGCGUAAAACCAUGUUGGUUUUACCGGGCACCAGCGCCUCAGAAAACAGUCUGAAGCUGAACGAGAGCAUGACUCUGGACGGGUUGAGUCCCGCGCACCGAAGCAGUCAAAUUAUGCUCUACAAAGCUCAGAAUCCGGACGUGCGAAAGAAUACCGCGGCGUUCGACGACGCGACUGCGCACAAGGAUUUUAGUAAGAAUAUCAUUAAUGUGAAUAAGCAAAGGACUUUACAGCAACAGCAGAACACUAGUGCUAGUGCGGAUGUUCUUACUGUGCUCGUGUGAGGGCGUUGAGCCAGUUUUAGGUGAAUUAGCUUAUAUUUUUAGCGCAGAACGUAACUUGACGCACGCAUAAUGUUAGUUUGGUGGAUACAGGGUGUUAAUAUUAUUAAAACUUUUCUAAUUUAUAUUACCAAAUGAUGAAAAACAGAUUACUCCUACUAUAUAUUCUUACAGUUAAACUAAAUAAGAGCAACUUUAAUGCAAAUAAUAAAUUCUAUUUCCAUUUGAAUGCCUAAAUACACCCUGUACAUCAUAUUUAACUUAAUAACGAAUAUUAUAAUUUUAGACAACCAAUAUUUUGGUAAGACCUUUUUGAUAUAUACGGUACUGUAUUUUAUUUGUGCAAUUAUACGUCUAGUGAAAAGAUAUACAAUUUGUUUCUAAAACACAAAAAUUAAAUAGCGAUCUAUAUUUGUAAAUAAUUUUAAAUGACUUAAUAAAAAUGCUAUAUAAUAAAGCAUUUGUUAACAACCUAAAUGGAGUAAUGAUCUCUUUUUUUUAAUUCUUAUAAAGGACACUCAAAGUGACACUAAAUGUAAAAUCGAAGUUUAAAACAUAAAAAUAUAGUG